UUGGUCUAGACAGUGACAGGUAGGGAGAGGGCGCAGGUUGUAACCUUGGCCAGCCGCCUUCACCAGGCCGCCUUGCUAAUACCUAGGAUAGCGACAAACAUGCCCCGUAAUGCAUGCUUCUGAUAGACGCAAGAGCCAGUUGUCGGACACAUCCAGAUACCUGACAUAUUACGCGCUGAGCAUGGCCGCCGGCUCGGAGGAAGGGGAGACGGCGGGGAAGAACGACCCCCCAGCGCUGCAAAUUCGCACUUCACAAGGCUGUUUGGAAGGCAGUUGGCGAGGCGUUCUAGGAGGCUCUUCUAAUAGCCCGAGCCCUCCGAUAGAUGAGGCUGUGGGCGACUGUCGGUCGUCCGCAGCCCAGAACCUACCAAGUAUCCCCUCCGUUACGCGCUCUGUUUCGGUUGGUUUGGUUCCUUUCCCCAAUCGUUCUUUCAUUCUAUCUUCACUGGAACCACCUGGACCCUGACUCUGGGAUCCGAGAGCGGCACAGCAAGUAUUUCUCGGGUGAUUCACCCAGUUCUCCCGCCCUUCUUGAGAUGGUUGAAAGUGGGAUGGUUGUGUUUAUCGCCAAACCAGCGGCUCCACAAAAGCGUGGAUUGGCUGCAUCAUGCUCGGACCU